AUGGCCGGUCGCCAGGACACGCCGAGACUCGGCCCGGGACUCGAGACGAAUGGCCCAGUCCCAUUCGGCCGAAAGUCGUCCCAGCAGCCAUUUGCCCAACAACUUGUCCGGACGACACAAGCCUUCAGAAAGACAUUCUCGCCAUGGAUUGGGCUUCUGUCCGUCUGUCCAUCUGUUCCUGCCAUCCCGCACCUGCACCAGCACAAGGUGCCUGGUUUAAUGAGUCUGGCGUGUUCGUGUGCAGGUUCACUCAUUUUGUGGUGCGUACAGUUGCACAAUGUCCGCCUGUACACAGUCAGUUGUUCACAAAAGUUCGCCGGCUUGUGGGCACAUGUAGCACGGAGACAUAGGCCCGUUCGCCGAGUCGGACUCGUUAUUGCCCCGACUCGGUGUGAUUUGAGAGGAGGCCGUCCAACAGGUACUCAUUCACUGCACCUUGGCAACCUUAUCUCGACGUCUCCAAGGCUCGGCCAGCCGGGUUCGCAGGCAAGAUGGGCACUUGUGGGCUUGUCGGCUGGAUACAACCGAGCUUCUGAGAGACUCGUGCCGAAAGGGCCGAGGUCGGCAUGUGUCGUCAGGGCGCCAGGGGUCAGUCUUGACUCACGCGUGAACAACAACUUACAUCCAGCCUCCUUCCUGCCUCGACAGACUUCAGUUCGCUUUGUCCUGGUGCGUGUCUGUCUUGGCAACCGAGAAGACACUGACCCCUCUGUCUGUACCCACUUGCAGGCGCAAAGGCACAACCAAUGA